AUGGGUUACACUUUAAGGCAAAAGUUAGAUAUCUGCCUCAUGGCAGAAGAGCAUCCCAAAUGGACCCAAAAGGAUUUAGCAAGAUGGUGCCAACAAACCUAUCAAACAGUUAAGAAGCCUUCACAAACCACAAUAAGCAGAAUUUUAGCGAAUAAAGACGAACUAGUUGCCAAGAGUAACGCCAUCUUGGCUGCAAACGCAACUGCAGCUCAAAAUAUAGCAAAUAACAACCAUAACAUGAUUAAUACUCGCAAUAAUUCUGCCAAUUUCGCCACCAACACCGGUACUAGCAUUGGCGCUACUACUAAUACCACUACUACCAAAGUUGCAGCCACUAGUAAUGGUGCUGCAAAAACGUUCUCCAAAAACAUUAAAAAGACAUCCUCAUCAUCUAUAACAAAAAAAAAAAUCAGAAAGAGACGAUUAUCGAACUUACUACUACGUAAAGUACUAAGAGAAUGGAUUAAUCAGAGUGUAUGGAGCCAUAUACCUGUAACUGCACCUGUUUUACAGGAUACAGCCAGUUCUAUAUGGCAAAAGAUCCCCAAUGAAUUUAGAGAUGGCAACGGUAGUUUUAGCUACAAGUGGUGUGCAAUGUUUCUAUCCAAAUUCAAUUUAGACAUUACAAAAUUAUCCAAACAAUUAAUCAAACCCAGUAAAAUAUGGUCCUUUGAAGAGAGGCACCUGUUAAAGCAAUAUUUGAAAGAGAUACCUUGUCAGGAUUUAUUUACUCUGGGUGAAACCUGUUUGGCCUAUAAUUUACCAUUGGACAUGUCAUAUUUUGAAAUUAGCAAGAUUAAGAGGCAAAUCGACUGUAUUACGGUUAUGCUAUGCAGCAAUGUCGAUGGAAGUGAAAAGUUAGAUCCUUUGAUAAUCGGUAAGUUUAAAAACUACCAAUGUUUUUUGGAUGAAUUCCCCGAUUAUCACAAUAACAAACAUAUCAAUAUCAAGCAUAAUCCCACGACUGAUUCCUUGGCUAAAAAAGUUGCCAAAAGGUAUGGCGUUUCAUACAGUUCCAAUAGACAAAGUUUUUUAACUAGCAUCAUGUUUUCUGAUUGGUUAUUAGCAUGGGACAAAAACUUGCAAAAAAAUAAAAGAAAAAUAUUUGUGCUUUUAGAUGACUCGUGCGCUCACAGAGUAAUUGGUUUAAAAUUGAAAAGCAUUACCUUGAUAUUUACUAGUUGUAAUAAUAAAUUUUUACCCUUUAAUUGGGGUGUACUGGAUGAAUUUAAAACAAGAUAUAGAGUGCAACAAUACGAGGCCCUAAUUAAGCUGCAGUCAUUACUAUCAGCUGGACAAAACCAUACUCCAACAGAACAAUUAACUUCCAAUGGCAAUGUAAUUUUAACCAGUGAACAAUCAAAGAUAACAAUCUGCAAUGCAUUCAAACUAAUUAAAAAAUCAUGGCAAACCAUUCCUGCGGAAACCAUUAAAAUCAAUUGGAGAUCCAGUGGUGUUUUACCACCUGAAUAUAUACUACUGAAGGGGAAUGUUAGCAUGGCUUUAAAAAAGAAUGAGCUGUUGGAAAGGGCUUUAAAUGAUUUAUCUGAUAAAUUAUCCGUGUGGAAAAAGUGGGAUUAUGAUAUUCUAUUAGAUUUAAAUAUUGAAAAUAAAAUAUCCAAUUAUUUGAGUCUAAAUGAAGUCAUUCAAAGUUGUAUUGUAGAUGAAUGGGAACCAGAAAGGAAAUUUGUUGAUGUGGAUGAGUUUAUUGACAGUGAUCUGGCUCUUGGAGCUUUAGACCAAGAAUUACAAGAGAUAAUAUCUGGCGUUACUUGCUCUCCUAAUUCAAAUAUGACUGUUGCUGCCAUUGCAACAACUGCUACAAAGGCAAAUCGCAUAAAUGAUAACACAGUUAGAAGACUAAUAGAUAAUACAGAGUUUAAUAAUAUUGUAAGUAAAGACCCAGUUCAAACUAGUACUAAUAACAAAACAGACAAUAGAGCUUAUCCUCAUAAUUAUGGUAUAGAAAAUGGUGAUGAUGAAGAUGAUAAUGAUGAUGAUGAAGAUGAUGAUGAUGAAGAGGAGGAGGAGGAGGAAGAAGAAGAAGAAGAAGAAGAAGAAGAUGAUGAUGAUGAAGAAGAAGAAGAUGAAGAAGAAGAAGAAGAUGAUGAUGAUGAAGGUAAUGAUAAUGAUGAUGGGCGUCAAAACCAUAACAAUAUCAAAGGCGUUCAUAAAAAAGCCAAGGAUAAUUAUAACGUUUAUAACAACACUCUACAAACUGUUAAAAAUAGCGGAAUGAGAAAAUCCUUAUCACAGGAAGUAUAUGAUGCAGCAGUUUCAAAUAAUCCAGAAAGCUUUGAUAUAGUUUUUCAACAUCAAGAACAACAAUUACAAAAUUAUGAACAGCAACACCAAUUAAGACAACAGGAAACAAAGACACAAAAAGAACAACAGAUUAGUUCUCAAUGUAUUCAACAACAACAUUCUGAAAAUUCACUUGACAAACAAUUUCCGGUUAAAAAGCCAAAUACUAGUAUUAAUAUUUCUCAUAAUAAUUCAGCAUUUUCCAGAAAUAUAAUGGAGAACAACAAUAAUACCACUGGUCUUAGUAAAGUUAACACGCCGGACAUGAACACUAAUUCUAUUUUACCAAAUGUUAGGGUUUCUGCCGAACAAAUAGAUCUCACUUCAUUAUUAAAUGAUUAUGAAACGAAUAGAAACAUAGCCAAUUCCUUGGUUACCAUUUUAAAGCACGCAGAAUUUGGCGAUUUAAACUUUUCAUCAGAUACUCUGAAAGAGUUAAAAACUAUCUAUAUACAGCAUGUCAAAAGGGUCAGAAAAACUAGAAGUUCAUUAGCAAACAAACAAGGUUCAUUGCAACCGUCUAUGCUACAACAUCUACUACAAUCACAAGUAUCAAUAGAAAAUGUUGCCAAUAACAACAGUUUGUUCGGAACACCAAAUAAUUUUUCUAGCAUUGAUAAUUCUACAGGAUUAUCACAUACCACCACCUCAAUGAGUUCAAGGCAAGCCUCCGAAUUUCAAACCCCUACGUUCCCAGAUUUUGUGUUUAACAAUAAUACUAAUGAUCCAAGUGCUUAUUUUAAAUCAGGUAGUGCUUUGGAUUCUCCUAACUUUUUAGGCGUUGUCAAUAACAACAACAAUGGCGACAACAACAAUAAUAUCGGCAAUAAAACCAAAAAUAGUGUAUGA